GUGUUUUUCUUUCAUUUUUAUUUUCGUGUGCGAUUUUCAUAACUUUAGUUUUUUAAUAAUAAAAUUUACGGGGAAAUUAUAAAAAUUAAUUAAUAAAUUUAUUAAAAAUCAAUAAUUUAAAAGCAAAGCUUUAAAGUGAUAUAAAAAUACAAUGCAAAUUUCUAAAAUAUAAAGCAUAAAAUACAAGUGAAAAUCUCGCAAGUUGUGCUGCGUAGCAAAAGUGAAAUUUUUUUGUCGACGCUUUUUCCCUCUACACUAAAAGUAGAAAAACGGCGCCAUUUUAAGAAUGUAAAUGUGCAUUCGAGAAAAGAAAAAAGAAAAAACAAAUAUAAAGAGAAAAAAGUAAAAGAAAAAUAGAAAUAGUUCAAGAGAAAAAAAUUUUUAAGUGUAGAGUUUAUUUAUUUGUUUAUUUUUUAUUAUUAUUUUAAUUUCAAAUAAAAAAGUAUACAAUACAAUACAAAAGAAAAUAAAAUUAAAAUAAAGAAAAAAUAAGAGUGUUUAACAAAUGUUUAAAAUAUUUUACGGCUAAUGCAUGAAAAUUAUAAUAAUAGUAGGUUUGUUUUAAAUAAAUAAUGAGCACAUUGAAUGAUGCAACAUCAAGGAAUGUUUCGGAAAAGCAGCAUCAGCAAAGAAAAGAAGAAAACACACAUGAACAAAAGCACGGCUAUGAGAAUGCACAACAAAAAGAUAAACAUAAGAAACGACAUGAAAAGAAGAAAAACUCUAAUACAACAGCAGCAGCAGCAACAACACAGGCAGCAGCGAAUAUCGUCGGUGGCAACAGCAGCAGCAGCGGUAGUAGUAGUAGCAGCAGUAACUCCAACAACAGCAUCUGCAAUUUAUCGAAUAUUACAUUAGCAACACAAUUCAGUAUACAACGUACAGAUUCCGAUGGUUGUUUACGAAUGAAAAUUUCUGCCAUACGACCUACAACCACAAUAACGGCGACUGCAACAGCAGCAGCGUCUAAAGCACCUGUCAGUACGCCAAAUAUUGUAGUGAAUCCUACGGCCUUACAGAAAACGUAUUAUACAAAAUCCAAAAAUUUAAAAGAACAUAAAACAUUAUUGAAAAAUAACAAUAAUACGCUCGAAACGUUAAAGGUGAAAAUUUCACCAACUCGCAAUAAGGCUGAAACGAAAACGGCAAAUAUGUCUACUGUCAUAGUCAAUCCCUUGUCGAAAAAUCGCAAAGAUAUAUUACAAUUGCCAUUACCAAUGCCAGCGACGGGUGUUGCCACAACAACAAUGGCCUGUUUAAGUGAUGCUACAGAUUCGGGUUGCUCAGAGGCUACAAAUACAACAAUAGCAACUGUGGGUCAAGAAAAAAUAUCGAAAAGAAAAAUAAAACGUAAAAAAGUACUGCUUAAAGCAAAUGAAACAAAAAGAGCUUUAAAAACGUUAAAGCCAAUAGAAAUUGCCCUAGAAAAUCCCUUCUCUACUGAUUCUGAAGAUGAACCUUUGGCGCAAAAGUUAUCAUUGGUAACAAACGUAGAGGCCAUUACACAAAGAGCUCCUAGAUUAUUGUUAACAGCAAUAAACUCAAAAAAUUUAACGAGCAACUUAAGUACGACGACCUCCGCUCCUUUAAACUCUACCUUAAACUCAUUGCAGCAGGGCAAUGAACACAUUGGUUUAUCGAGCAGUGACAAUGAAUUGCCUAAUGUUCGCGCCGCAAUUGAAAGAGUGGUGGGAGAGACUGAUGAAGAUGAUAAUUUAUCAACUUCAAACUUUCACAAAGCUAAAACGAAGCAUUUACCCCAAUAUCAGUCAACGUUACUGCAAGAUUUUAUGGAAAAAACUCAAAUGCUAGGACAACAAACCCCCAAAUCAAGUGAUAGUGUUAAGGCGAAGAAUUCGUUUAUACAAAAUGAUAUUCUGCUACAAACAAUCAAUACAAACUCCCAGUCUGACAGUAUAGCUUCGUCUUCAGCGAGCAAUAAUAAAAAACGACGUGGACGACCUAAAAAACCGGAUAAAGAACAUGAAUUAAUCUUAAACUCUAUGUCUCCUGUCCAUGCAAAUAACAAAAACUCGAAUAUUAAUGAAUCAGCUGAUUCUGGUGUAAUAUCUACCACCAGUGUUUCAACGCAAAGUACAUCACCGCAUCCCUGCACUACAUUAGCCUCAUCGUCAGCCAAUGAGAAUACAUCAUCAACAAAUUCACCAAAUAAAAACCUAAUAACCACGCCGGAAAAACACACGACGGAGACUUCAUCCACAUCUUCCACUAACAAACCAAAAAUUGAUAUUGCCUUACUGGAUAAGAGAAUGUAUGCCACUGAAAGAGUUCUAUAUCCCCCGCCACGUAAUAAGAGAAGACAAUCAACGAGCGCCGCUAUUGCAAGUGUCAGUGAGAAACAGAAAUUGGCUUCAGCACAGGCUCAACAGCAAACCUCUAAGGAUGAUAUGCAAUUGGAUCCGGUUUGGCGAAAAAUCGAUGUAAACCGCAAAUUUCGUCGACCCAGUGUGUGCAGCACUACUGGCUAUAAAAGUGAUGGUGGAGCUGAUGAACGGGUGAGAGAACGCUCCAGUAAGUCUACAGUGUGUAGUAAAGUUUUGGCCGCUAAAAGUGGUUAUGUCUCUGAUUAUGGCACCUCCUCGUUUCGUUUAUCGCGUCACUCCAAACAUGCCUCCCAUAACUCGGGCUAUAAAAGUGAUGCCAGCUGCAAGAGUCGCUACAGCACCAAAAGUUGUGCUUCGCGUAAAUCAAGAGCCAAAUCUUGUGGUUAUCGCAGUGAUUGCAAAGAAAGUGUUUUGGGGAGUACGAAAUCAUCGAAAUUUCGUAGAAAACGACGAGCCUCCAUUAUGCAAAAGUCGAUGGGUUCUUUAAAAGACGAACAAGACAUUUUACAAUUGGCUGGCUUGUCAUUAGGCCAAAGUAGUGAGGAAUCUAAUGAAUAUGUAUGCAAGCCGUCGCUGGAGAAACUGCCUACGACAAGUGCUUCCAAAAAAUAUGGUGAAAUUAAUCGUUACAUAGCGACCGGCGAAUAUUUCGGUCGAGGUUCCAGUGGUCAACACAAUUCCCACAACUCUUUUGCCAGUAUCAGCCAUAAUAACACACGCAUCUUUGAUGUUGCCACGGAUUUACCCCAAACUCCAGCUAAAAUAACGCUACUGCAGCGCAAAAACUCCACAACAUCAGAAUUUGCUCACGAUCUUUUGCAAUUGCCUGGCAGUAAUCAAACCGCCAGAAAGAUAAAGUCUCGCAGAUCUUCUGUGGCAAGUUUUUGCAGUUCUUACUACUCGGCGGGUACCACAAAGCUAAAACGACGACGCAAACGUAAAAACUUUCGUUUUCAUAAUUCUUCCUCUAGUAAAAAUUCCGUUAUUGAUUCGAAACUUUUAACCGAAAUAGAAAUUUUAACCAAUACCUUUUCAUCAAGAUGUAAAAUACAUAGUUCUAGUAUUACCGACAAGCUAACUGGAGGCAAUUUAUCACAAAAGGAAAAGCUUAUGGCGGAAGCCACAAAAUUGCAACAAAGUUUGGCGGCAGCAGCUGCAGCAGCUUCUACAUCUGCUGCAAGUUCCAGCAAACGCGACUCUCGUGAUAAAAGAUCUGUAAAGAAAAGAAAAAUAUCAGAAAACUUGGAUUUCGCCAUGCUUUCGGCCAGAGCAGAAAGUAAUUCCUUAACGCCGGGAUCAAGUUCUGGCCAAGGUAGCUCUUCGAAAAGGAGACACAAAAAAGCCAGUAGUUCUAGCCCCGAUGAUCAUAAAUUGCCUCUUAAAAAGCGCCAUUAUUUGCUAACACCUGGAGAGAAAUCCAGCGAGGUAGCAGUGGCCGUGGCAGCAAAAUUAUUCGCCAACAAUGCAGAAGCCUGGGCAGCAGCCGCUGCUGCUGCAAAAAGCACAGCGAAUACAAAAUCUCAACAGCAGUUUAAUGCCAAAACAGCAAAAGCUAAUUUAACACCCAAAAAACGUCAUCUGUUGCAGCAACCUCCCCACACACUCAAUGAGGAUUCGAAUAGUAAUAAAACCGCAAGUACACUUUCACCUCUAAGAGUAACUGUAGGCGAUCCCAAUUCCAUUAGUGGUGGCAAACUUUUGGACAUAAGUCCGCAAUCCCUUAAUAGCCUUAAACAAGUAACAGAAGCUGUUCAUAAAAAGAGAUCUCGUUUAGAGGGUGUGGUUUCGAAAAUUGCCACUACACAUGGUGAGGAAAUAACAAAAUCAAAGUCCAAUGUUUCUACGUCUUUACAAAUAGAAUCGGAAACAUCUUCCUGUCCCCCGCCCGGAGUAUUUGAGCCUUCAGUGGAAUUAGAAAUACAAAUACCUCCCAUAACAAAGUAUAGCGAAGCCACCUCAAAUAUAAUAACAAAAUCCGAGGUAGAUUCCCCCUUACUUAUGGACUUGAAUAAAGGCUUUGCGGAUGCUACAGCGAAAAGUAGCGGAAAUCGUGUGGUCGAAAGUUUGCUCAACAAAACUGGUGGUAAUUUGAUUUUGAGAAGAAAACGUAAAAUUAAUCGUACUGGUUUUCCUACCAAAAAACGUAAAAAGCGCAAAAUAAAUGAAAACCUUAAUGUGGAAGUCAACGGACAGCUGGAACAAACGGUGGACAACACAAACAGCAAAGAGGUUGGUGUUAAAACUCCAGAAAAACAAUGUGAUCGUGUGCCACAACAAGGUGAAACUUCGCAAACAUUUCUCGAACGUAAUAAUAGAACUCCCAGACUAUCAGUAGUAGCACUCGAAAGAUUGCAAGAAUCUCCCCUAAGUAGUAGAGAUAAGACAUCCCCUAAAGAAUUACAGCAGUCUGCCGAAGCUUUAGCAACACCUAAAACUAGGCACACAAGACACGUAACUAAAAGGAAAUCGCUAAAAGAAGAAAAACCAGCUGCAUUCAAGGAAUCAAAAACAAUAACAGAACCAGACAAAAAGGAACAACCACAACAACAACAACAACAGCAGCAGCAUGAAGCAGAUGAUGAUGACAAACCUUUGGCUUCUAGAGCCAGACGAACUAAAACAGUGGCUGAUAUUAAAGACACCAGCAGUAAGUCCUCACCUUCAAGAAAAUCUCUCGUCUCGAAAACUGCAAAGUCACUUUUAGAAGCCAACAUCAAGUUGCCGGCUGGGGUAGAUCCUAAAAGUAUUUUAAGUUGUAAAAUAAAACUAAAACGACGAAAUUCCAUACAUCCUCUGGCAGCUAGGAAAAGUCCGGUAACUCUUCCAGCCACCACUCAACCCGUUAUUACAGAAAUUCCCCGCACUGCUGAAGAAAUUGAAAUGGAUGCAAAAGCCAAAAACUGUAAUAUAGAUUAUUUGGAGCAAGACAUUCUACCCAUAAGCGAGAGUCAAUUAAACACCCUUAACGGUGACACUGAAGCUAGCGAUACCAGCGAUGAGAAAUCAUCCACAAAUUCUUCUGUUACCAAAAAAAUAAAACCUGUUAGAAAAACCUAUUUACCAGCUGGUUUAUUUUCGGAUUAUUUUAAAGUCAAUCAAACCGCCACCAAGAGAAAUGCUAAUAAAAAAGACAAUGAGAAAAAAGCAGACCUAGAUAAAACCACAACUACAAACUGUACAGAAGUUGUUAAUACAAGCAAGGAAGUAGAAGUUUUUAAGGGACCUCUACUACCGCCACCACCCUAUUGUGAGAAAUAUUUGCGACGUACACAAUAUGAUUUCGAAUUACCUUACGAUAUAUGGUGGGCUUAUAAGAACUCUAAACUACCCAAUCGCAUUACAGUGCCAUCUUGGAAUUUCCGUAAAAUACGCACCAAUAUCUACGCGGAGAAUGUAAAGCCACCGCCCAUAGCGGCAAACGAUCAUCCCAUGUGUAAUUGCAAACCAGAUGUGGGUUGUGGUGAUAAUUGUCUUAAUCGCAUGGUCUACACCGAGUGUUCACCCUCAAAUUGUCCGACACGUGAAAAGUGUCGCAAUCAAAAGAUACAAAAACACGAUAUAGCACCGGGAGUAGAACGUUUUAUGACCGAGAAUAAGGGCUGGGGUGUACGCACUAAAUUACCCAUAGAGAAAGGCACUUAUAUCUUGGAGUAUGUAGGUGAAGUUGUAACGGAGCGUGAAUUUAAGGAUCGCAUGGCUACUAUCUAUUUAAAUGAUACCCAUCACUAUUGCCUGCACUUAGAUGGUGGUUUAGUUAUAGACGGUCAACGUAUGGGCAGUGAUUGUCGUUUUGUUAAUCAUUCUUGUGAACCGAAUUGUGAAAUGCAAAAAUGGUCGGUCAACGGUUUGUGUCGUAUGGCUUUAUUUGCCAAACGUAAAAUAGCCGAGGGCGAAGAACUUACAUACGAUUAUAAUUUUUCGCUAUUCAAUCCUUCAGAAGGUCAACCUUGUCGCUGUAAUACACCAAAUUGUCGUGGAGUGAUUGGUGGUAAAACACAGAGAGUAAAACCAUUACCUAUAGAGGCUAAGCCUGCAAAUGAUACCACAACGAAAGAUGAUCAAAAGGGACGUCAACGCAAACGUAAAGCACGUAAAAAUACCCAACGUCAAACAACUAAAGAUGUUGCAACUCCAACACGCAUGCAACCGUUAUCGGAAAAAGAAAAGAAACUUAUCAAACAGUAUUCGAUUUUCUUAGUAAGAAACUUUGAGAAAAUUCGAGCCAGAAAGGCGAAACGUAAAGCAAAUGCAAAGGCACGCAGUGAGACACCUAAACCACAAACACCCACAAAUAUGGCAACAACAUUAGCAGUCACUGCUAACGCGACAACAACACCAGCAGCCAUUACACAAAGACGCCCUUCAACACCAGCAUCCUUGGCCGCACAGAUUUCAGCCCUUUGCACAGCAAGAAAUAUUAAAACUCGAGGUCUUACUUUAGCCGUACACGAUCCAGAAGUAGAAAAAAUGGCUAAAAUGGCCAAAAUCUUAAGGGAUAUUUGUACAAAUCUGGAACAAAUAAAAAAUCCACAGAAUGAACAACAAUCACUGGUAUCCAUAUUAAGCAAUCCAGUAUCAUCAACAGCUGGCACAAAUAAAAAGAAAAAGGCGUCGUUAAAAGUCCAGCAAAAACAAGAGGCCACAGAUUUAAAAACCAUACAAAAUAACAUCGAACAGGGUUAUUAUAAGCUACCGGCCGAAUUCAAUACUCAUAUGCAGAAAUUAUUUGAAGAGGCUAAAGUAGUGUUGGGCAAAAAAGAAGUAGAAAAACUUAAAGUAAUACAGCUUUUAGAAAAAGCCUUUAUUGAGGAAAAACAUAAACACUAUACGGCACUCUUGGAACUGUUGCAAGACGAAAAUUUGCUAAAGGAUUUUGAAGAUAACACUCAGAAAGGUUUGGCAAUAAAUACUCACAAAAAGGAGGCAGUAGAAAACAGUUCAACUUCCAAUUCUCCCAUACCAUUGAUUAACAAUAUAGCAGCUAACUCCUCGAAUGAAGAUAUAAUACGUUGUAUAUGUGGUCUUUAUAGAGAUGAAGGUUUAAUGAUACAAUGUGCCCGCUGUAUGGUAUGGCAGCAUACCGAAUGCACUAAAGCCGAUGUUAAUGCUGAAAACUAUCUUUGUGAACAGUGUGAACCGCGUGAGGUAGACCGUGAAAUACCUUUAGACGAUUACACCGAGGAGGGCUAUCGUUAUUAUUUAACUCUAAUGCGUGGCAGCUCGCUACAAGUACGUCAAGGUGAUGCAGUUUAUGUUUUGCGUGAUAUACCAGUCAAGGAUGCCAGUGGGAAUGUGGUGCCGGCUAAAAAACAUACCUACGAAACUAUAGGUGAUGUUGAUUACAAUGAAUGCGACAUUUUUCGUGUGGAACGUUUGUGGAAGGAUGAUGAAGGUAAACGUUUCAUAUUCGGUCAUCAUUUCCUACGUCCCCACGAAACAUUCCACGAACCAUCACGUAAAUUCUAUCCCAAUGAAGUAGUACGUGUACCACUUUAUGAAGUUGUGCCUAUAGAUUUGGUAAUGGGUCGCUGCUGGGUUCUCGAUCGUACCACCUUCUGUAAGGGACGUCCCAUUGAGUGCAACGAUGAAACACAUUGUUUUAUUUGUGAGUUGAGAGUGGAUAAAUCGGCGCGUUUCUUUUCGAAAGCUAAAACAAAUCAUCCGACUUGUACAAAGAGCUAUGCAUUCCGUAAAUUUAGUGAAAAAUUAAAGAUAUCUAAAACGUAUGCGCCUCACGAUGUUGAUCCCUCUAUGUUAAAACCGAAAAAGCAAAAGACUGAUAAUGAAAAUCAAACAACAACUCCCACGGCAACAACACCAUUAUUGAAUGCAGCCUCAACAAGUGGCUUAAUAAACUCCAGACAAGAACUAAACAAAACACCACAGACAUUAAACAAAAAAAGGCAAGGAAGUAAAAGUCCAGCCACUGUAACUCCAACACAAAAUCAAGCCUCAGAAAACCACAGUGCACCAGCAGCAAUGACUGUCAAAGAAAAACGUUUGCACUUGGAAAGUGUUUUGAAAAGUAUAAAAUCCUUACGUACACCCAACCAGGAGCCACCUUUAGAUUUAUCCUAUUUAUUAACCGGACGUGGUGCCAGACAACGUAAAACUCUAACGUCUUCAACAAAUUCCAAUUAAUUUGAAAAAUUAUCAAAUGUAUGUGCAUGUGUAUUAAUUACGGGGACUUUUUAACUAAAACUGUAAGAAAUUAUAUAAUUAUAAAUUAUACAAUACUUAUUUGUAAAUUUAACAGAAAAAAAAGCAACAAGAUUUUUUGUAAAAUAUAUUUUUGUAAUAUAUUAACUAACUCUUAACUUAAUUCUUUAAAACCCUAAGAAUUACUAAAACAAAAUACUAAUAUUUAAAAGAAAAAUACAUACAAUACACGCUUCUAAAUGACUUUAAAUUUAAAAAAAAAUGAAAAUUUACCUUAAAUGUUUACAUAAUUAUUAUGUAUCAAAAGAAAAAAAUGGAAAAAAUAAGAAAGAAAUAACAAUAGUUAUUAAACUUUAUUAUAACAACUUUUAUAGUAAAUAUAAUUGUAAAUUUUUUUUUAAAUUAUUAAUCUUUUAACCUUAAGCCUAACAAUAACUAAAAAGCAAAACUGCACUUGUAAGAAGAAGAUUAUGAUUAAAAGUGAAAAAGAAAACAUUUUUUUAAAAAAAGUCUUAUUAUGUAAAGUAUUUUUAAUGGUUUUUUUUUCAUGCUAAAAAGCUAAAAAACAAUUUCAUUUUUAAAGCCUUGUUAUACAUUUUUAUACAAUAUUUUUGAUUUUUCAUUUAUAACUAAAUUAAACAACAUAACCUUACAAUUACACACACACACACAUUUACAUAAAUAGUUUGUACACAAUUUAGCGUUUUUGUUUUAAACAAAUUAUUUAGCAUUAAUAUUAUACAUUUAUCUAUUGUGCUUAUUUAUUAUUAUUAAUAUUAUAUUCAUUUAUUUAAUUAAUUAUACAUUUUUAAAAAAUUGUUUAAUUCGCUAUAUUUUGUAACAUUUUAUUGAACAAUUUAUAGACAAUUUUUACCCUUUUAUUCUAACAAUUU